GAACAUGUGAUCUGUGCUGUUUUGAGUCUCGGUGUGACAUCUGGUGGCCUGGUGAGGUAAUGCUGCAGGAUGGCAGGUUUGCAACUUCCACUUUUUCGUGUGAGUGAGUGAGUUUCUCUGGUUUGGAUUGGAUUUUGGAUUUUUUUUUGUCGACGGUGCAAUAACAUUGAGUGAAAUAGAUGAAACAUCCAAAGCAUUAUUAGGUGUCAACAUCACCACUGGUGGAAUAAUGAGCCCUUCUUUUACCAGUUAUCAAUAUCAUGAUCUAGGUCACCGUCAUCGUUACCUAACAGUGUCGACGGUGACAGUAAUUGUCCAACAGGACAAACAGUCCCACCGAGAGCUAAAUUUUGUGUACCAAGAACACGUGUCCAUUUACCAGAAAUGAAUCAUAAGUGAAAGUGAAAGAAGACUCAAGCACCUCACACACACUCUCACAGUGUGACACAAAGAGAGGUGUUAAAACCCUACUCGUCGAAAGAGUCUCCGUCAAGUUCAGACUUGCUGUUAGAACAUGGAUGAAUAUCAACAUCCGCUGUUCUUCGAAGCCAAAGACCUGACGGACCGAGAGAAGGACAAGCUCAGGCGAUACUUUCAGAAGAGACGAGAUUCCGGGGGAGGCGAUUGCACAACGGUCCAAACCGUCGGGGGCAACAUGCACAAAAUCUGCUUCAAGGAAAAAGAAGACCAGGAAAGGGUUUUGCAGAGGAAGUUUCACACCAUCACUCUACCGUCCGGAGAUCGGCAUCUGACCGUGAGCCGAAGUGACGCACCGCAGACCCCCGAUCAGCCAUCGACACAGACGUUUACAAAAGCGAACACGAAAGGCCUGGAGAAGAUUUUCAAGAUCGAAGUUUACCUCCUGUAUUACCUCAGAGACAACCCCAGGGCAAACAGAGUACUGCGCAAACAACUCUCUUCCAUCGGCUGCACAGUGGAACUGAAUUUCGACGAAGAGGAGGCGGUGGUUAGAGGGGAUAUCGAGAAGGGGCCAGGAGGGGCUUUUGGUGCUGCGGAGAAAUGGGAGCUACAGGUGGACCUUCAUCGGUCUUCAUCGGUCUCACUGAGACCUACCUCUGCUUUCAUGUGCUCAAUCCAAAACAACAGAGAAUGCUGCUGCAGGACCGCUCUUCUGUGGCCGACGACGAAAUGAAAGUGUACAGAGACACUGGUUAUUCGGUGGUCGUGGGAGAAGCCGAGGCCGUGAGGGAGAGGAUUGCGAACCUGGAGAAGAGCCUGCCGACCUGCAAGGAGCUGCCAAUCGUGGGGGAGACCUUCAAACUCGUGGAGGGAGAGUUCAGUCGGGAAAUGCGCGCACAUCACCCAGGAGUUCAAAUCCAGAUACGUCAUAGCAUGAUCAUCGUGGAGGGACCCGAUGAGGAGGUGCAGGCAGGAGCAACAAAACUCGACCAACUGAUGAAUAAGGUGUUGGUAAAGACGGUACAGUUCCCUUCAGACUUAAUGACCUUCAUGAGGUCCAGCGAUGCAAUCUCCAAGUACCACGCUCGCUUCCAGCACAGCCUCAGACAUCCCGUUUCCGUCAAAGUGGCAUUGAACUUGAUUCUGUCCAGUCUGUCGUCCGACGCCCUGGAUGAGGCCGAAGCGGCGGUGAGGAGAGAGCUCGGCGCCGACACUGUGAAGCUGCAGGGCGCCGCGGCCGUGCCUCCAGAUCUAGACAGGGUGAAGGACAUCCUCACCAGAGCCAAGAACGUGGCAAACUGCCGCGAGCUCCGAGUGGACGUCAGCUACAUCCCAGGAGCCAGUGUUAGCGCUGUGAGCGCAGUACGACUGGUGGGCUACAGUGAAGACAUUAGCAAACUGAAAGAGGUUCUGCAGGACUACCAGAUGAACCAGGUCGGGAUACAAGAAGUUCUGAUGCUGCCAUAUCCUGAGCUGGUUGACCGCUUUGAUAAAGUCUUAGGUCUGAUUUGCUUGAAGCAGACGGAAGUGUCCAUAAAAACCUCACCUUUGCCACAUCCUCGUGUGCUGAUGUCUGGGCCCCGGUGUCACGUUCAGGAGGUCCAGCAGGCCCUGAUCGCCGCUCUGUCCAGCCUGACAUCGGACAUCCUAGUUCUCGAUGGACCAGGGGCUCAGCGGUACUUCCAGGCAGAGGGAAAAGUGAGCAAGGAUCUGGUGGAGAGCUCCUGUCAGGUCCUUAUCGCGGAACAUCACGGCGCGAACUCCCAGGAUGUCAAUAUCCGAUCACGAGGCACCAGCAGCCCCGGCGUCACGCCCUUACCUUCCAUCACCGGAUUGGCCAGCAACACUGUCGAGAAUGUCGCGGCCGACAAAACGAUCCUAAAGAUAACGCUCGGCAGUUUGGAGGAUGAGCAGGUGAACGCAUUGGUGGUUCCCAUGCUCGACAAAAAGCUGACUUCCACAGUCAUUGGCCAGUGCCUCUUGACCAAAGCAGGGAACACAAUCCAGGCAAAGUUUGACUCAGUGGCGGCGACUCGCACCGUGUGCCCCGGGGACGUUCUGCAGGUCGCCGGUCCGGCAUCUCUCGGCUGCUCCAAACUCUUCUUCAUCGAGUGUCUGCCUUGGGAUGGAGUCAGGGGGCAGAGUGUGCAGGCUCUUGCAGACGGGUUGAAGAGAUGUUUGGACCUCUGUGUGCAGCAACGCUUGGUUUCAGUCGCGUUUCCACUUAUUGGACCAGGAAUUGCGCUCAAAUUCCCGCCGAGGGAAGCCAUCGGAGCUCUGGCCGAGAACAUCCGCCAGUUUGGGUUAUCCGCAUCCUCCGGUUGCCUCUCGACCAUCCAUGUCGUCGUCAAACCUGGAUAUCCUGACUCUGAGGAGUGCUACCAUGAUGUCUACCGGCACCUCAGCGCGAAUAUGAACCAGGGAGACCAAGUGAUCUUCCGGCCCCUCACAAGUGACCUGGACGACAUCACCCUGACAGCGGGAGGUGGGGUCAGACUACGGCUGGUGUUCGGCGACAUCACGAACGAGACGACCGACGCCGUCGUGAACACGACCGACUUCGUUCAUUUUCAGGACGAUGGCGUCUGCAAAGACAUCUUAGCCGUGGCUGGGCCCGAGGUGACGUCCGAGGUGCAAGCGGCAACAGUAAAGCGGGGAGAGGUUUUAAAGACCCGGCCGGGAUCAUUCCCGUGCAGAGCCCUUUUACACGUGUGUGGACAAAAGGACGCGGGCGUCACUGAGAAACUGGUGCAUCGCAUCGUUCAACUCUGCAAUACCUCUGGGUACAAGUCCGUGGCCAUUCCUGCCAUCUGCACUGGGAGUGGUGGGCUGGACCCCGGCGUGGUGGCAGCUGCCAUCCUCCGAGGGGUCGAAAGGGCCACAUCAUCCACUCCCAACAGCUGUCUCGCCGACAUCCGCCUCGUCCUGAGGAAGAUUGAUGUCUUCCUGGAGUUCAGAGAGAAGGCGAUGCAGGUGUUCCCCACUGCUGCGGUCAACAGAGUGUCAGUGCCUCAUGUACAACAGACUCCACGCAGGCCUGUGGCCGCAGACCUGAGCAUCCUCCACAGCAGCUCCGCAAAUCAGCAGUCCGCUUUCCUGUUCGUGGGUCUGCAGGACAUCCCAGACGCCAUGGCGAAGCUGAAGGAUCUGUAUCAGGCACAGUGCUCCAGUCAAACCUUCACAACGGAGCAGCUGGAAUUUCUCUCCCAGGACGACGUCGAGAGUCUGAAGCAGGUGGUGGAGGCCGAGGGACUGUACGUCCAGUCGGGCCCGGGCGGCUCAACGGUGAGCGGGUUGAAGGAUGGGGUGAACCGGGUGAUGCAGAUGAUUAAUGCGUCUCUGCAGGGCGGCCUCAGGGCACAACAGAGAGUCAGGGAGGAGGAGGAUUUGUACACCCGUGUGGCUUGGUGCAUCCUGGGAAAUAACGGCAACUGGGAAAGGCUCCCUAAAGUGGCCAAUCGCAAACUGGAAAAUAGCGACAUCUCCGGGGCGAUAGUGGACGCACAGAGCUACCAGUGGAAUGUGGAUCUACAGAGGACGGAGGCCACAAGACGAUCAACUGGACAGAAACAAAAGUUAAAGCGACUUGAGAACCUGCCAGACUUCACUCUCCCUCUGUACUGGGACAACAUGGCUGCCGGGGAGAGUAUGAAGGUGGUUACACUGGAGCCCUCCUCUGCAGAGUACCACGCAGUAAAGGAAGCCUUCAAACGAACUGCCCCCAAGGCUGUGAUGAAGAUCAACCGUUUGCAGAACGUUCACCUGCGUCGGGCCUAUGAAUCGCAGAAGAAGCACAUUUCUGAUAAGAACGUACAGGGGGGCGGCGCAGGUGAAAGGCUCCUGUACCACGGGACGACGCAGGAAAACUGCGACUCCAUCAUGACAACCGGAUUCAACCGGAGAUUUGCUGGGCAAAAUGCAACUUUAUAUGGUCUUGGAACCUACUUUGCGGUGAACGCCGUCUACUCGGCCCACCCCACCUACUCAAAGCCAAAUGCUUCAGGCUGUCAGUUAAUGUUCGUGGCUCGGGUCCUUACCGGCCUCUACACCGUGGGCCAAGGUGGAAUGAUGGUGCCGCCUCCUCGCAACACCCAGCGGCCACAUGACCUCUACGACAGCGUGGUGGACAACACGGACGACCCCAACAUGUACGUUGUGUUCCACGAUGACCAAGCGUACCCAGACUACCUCAUCACCUUCAAGUGACUGUAAGGGGGCAUUUUAUGCGGUUUCCAAUUUACAAUUAUGUAGAGAAAUAAUGAUGAUCUCCAGAAUAAAUGUUUUCAGGUAUGCUCAA